CGGGUUUCGCCGGGGUCGGAUGCCGGGAAGGGGUGGUGGGCGGAGGAGCGCGGGUUCCGUCUGGGCACGUUACCAGAUGUGUCCCCCUGGAGUAGCAUCCCAACUGUUGCUGCCGCUGGGUUUCGGGGCUCCCCUGAGCGUUAAAGUAGACGUUGGAGUAAUACCCCCCUUUCUCUCUCUUCUUCCCCUCCCACCUCCUGUUUAGUGGGCACGUAACUGGCACCCUACAGCGAUUAUGGGUGCUAACUGUUGAGCCCGUGGUAAACCAGUGUAGUUAAGAGGGCUUACAGGCUUCUCAGAAAUUUGGGCCACAGAUCAGUGGAUAAUCAUGGGUCCCAGUAGCGACUUUUUCCCUGCAUCCCAGUUUGAGGCCCUGGCGCGCUGUCCCGCUUAAGCCAAGGGCUGGAGCCUGAAGCCCAAGUGCAAGGAAAUGAACACCUGCCUUCCACCCAAAUGCUCAAGAAUGCUCAGUGAUACCCACUCAGUUCUUGUGUUGCCCUCUUCCCUUGUGCUGUUUAUUUUCCCUUGAAAGGACCCCACCCACCCCUUACUGGAAGUUUCAGGGGCUCCCCCUGUUGUAGAUCAGCUUGUGCCUGCCCGUGAGCGAACCCAGCAUGAGUGAAGUUCCCUGCAAAAAACGUGAUGACUAUUUAGAAUGGCCUGAGUAUUUCAUGGCUGUGGCCUUCUUAUCAGCACAGAGAAGCAAAGAUCCAAAUUCACAGGUCGGAGCGUGCAUCGUGAAUGCAGAAAACAAGAUUGUCGGCAUCGGGUAUAACGGGAUGCCAAACGGGUGCAGCGAUGACCUGUUGCCUUGGAGGAGGACGGCGGAGAGCAAGCUGGAUACCAAAUACCCUUACGGUUUGUCAUAUCUCCUGCAUGGAGGAAAAUUGCUCUCUGUAAAUCUUGGUCCAACAGAACAAAACACCUAUUUCUUUCCAGUUGGGGAGACAGCCAUUCUCAUCGGCAUAAUGAAGGAAGAAGAUUCUUGCAAGUGAAAGUGUUGGGUCAGAGGAUGUAUUAUUUUUUUAAAUGGCUCUCAAUACAUAUGGCCAAAUUGCCUUUCAAAAAGGUUAUAAAAAUUACAACCCCACUAGUAAUAUAUGAAUGCAUCAUUUCACUGCAUUGAUGGUGGUAUUGUCAUUUUUUAAACCCUUACUUGCAUGUUAGAAAAGUUUCCAUGGGGACAGGAAGGUAGUAGUUAGGGGGUCUUGUGAAGUUCAGGUGGACAAUGGUGGGAACCUCAACAUCAGCCAUGGAGGUUCUAUUAGCAAAGAGACAGAUCUGAGCACUCCGUAAGACACAGAAUCAAUAGGACUUGAAUGCAGAACGUUGAAAGGAUGUUGGAAUGAGCCUCGGGCUUCUGCCUCUGGUAGAGUAUUGGUUGGGAUUCUUUGUUGCCAGCGAAAAGAAACAACUCUGAUUUAGUUAACAAGCCUUAUUGUAGGGCUGCAGAGCAAACGACAGAGUCAGAGCUGACACACAAGGCUCCCAAAACACCAGGAUCUCAGCACCAUUCAGGAAUCCAAGAAGAAAAGAAUGCACAAUACCUCCUCAGGAUCCCACCCUCAGGGGGUGUCCGUUUUUGUAUCACAUUGCUGAAGGUUCCAGUUCCAUGGAGAAGGGUUAACCUGGUCUACUUUGGGUCAAUGAUCCAUCCU